AUGAAAUAUUUAAUUAUGAAUAAUUUAUCUUUAUUUAUAUUAUUUGUAUUUUUUAUUUCAUUAAUUUUUUCUAAGUCACUAGAAAUUAAUGGCAAAAAUUUAGUUGAUUUAUCAAGUUUAAAAAAUUUUCAAGCACCAGUUAUUUUAAAUGAUGAAGAAGAUAAAAAUACAAUACAAAAAAGGCAAUCUAGAAGACAAAGAAGAUUAAGAAGACAAAGAAGACAACUUUUUACUGCUCUUGCUACCGUGAAUGCCCAAAUUGCUCAAUUACAACAACAAAUGAUAUCUCUUCAAACUCAAAUUUUGCAAAUAGCAACACAACGACCAGCAGUAACACAACCAACAGCACCAACACAACCAACACAACCAACACAACCAACACAACCGACACAACCAACACAACCGACACAACCAACACAACCACCAGCACCAACACAACCACCAGCACCAACACAACCACCAGCACCAACAGCCGCACCAACAGCCGCACCAACAGCCGCACCAGGCCGAUAA